GACAUAGCCGUGUGGAUUGGUUGAAGCGGCGCCUCAAGGCAUCAACCCGGAAAUUCGCGAAGUUGUUCUCUCGUGUAAAGUCUAACUGUAAAGUCAGUCGCGUCCAUGUCUGUGACAUCGUUUUUCUCGUCUUUCUUCAACACUGUGCACUGUGACGCACCGGAGGAGAAGCGGCCAGAAAACGAAAUGAAGGAGGAGGAAGUUGCUGAGGUGGGGGAACCAUCGAAAGGGUCUGAGGAGGAAGAGGAAGUGGAAGCUGAGGACGUUCACCCUAUCAUUAUGGAGGAGUGCAAAAACUCAGCAGCAUGCGCUUCUCUAACGAGACAUUUCGAACACUGCCAAGAGAAGGUGCAAUCUGGACAAGGCUUUAAAGGCGAGGACUGUGUGGAGGAAUUCAUGAUGCACUGUGCCGACGCGUGUGCUGCACCAAAAUUGUUUUCCAAGCUCAAGUAGACGCUAGAGUUAAUACUGCAGUGCGUCUUUCUUUUCAGUAUCGUUUCAGUAUCUUAGUUAUUUGGCCCUAUAGUUACAAUACAUGCUAUCGUUCUUAAGGAGCAAUACCAUUCAUCUCUCCUGUCACCUAUAUGCU